GACAAACUAAAUUGACAAUAAGUAGACGGGCGAAAUAAUAAAUGUGGUUUAUCAGGCACCUUUUGUUUUUACAUACAAGACAAGAUAUUCAAAAUUAUUACCAUUGGUCAGAUUUUUCUUUUUACUAUCUGAUUAAUAUCGGUAACUUAAGCAAUAUCGCCGAAGACUUUGUGAAUCGCUUUGUUUUCUGCUAGUUUUUAAAAAUUUUGGUAUUCCUGCCUGGUACACGAUGCAAUCAUUGAGAGUUUUAAGUCGCUGCCUAAAGGAAGCCCUGCUGGUCAAGCCGCACUUUCGCUUCACCAGCAGCAGCAGUCUUCCCAAUCCCAUACUGGUGGACAUGGACGAACAGGAGGAGUUGGAGCCAGACGAGCACUUGGAGGCACAUCCACAGUAUCCGCUGCUGGGCAAUCGUUACAUCGAUCACUUCUAUAUGCCUUGUAAUGUGGGUCCAGCCUAUCAGGACUUGGUGACCACCGCCGAUCAAUUCGAUCUGACUAAAUAUUACAAUUCCCUGGGCUGGUAUGGCGUCAAGCCAAUACGUGCCCAAGUGGUGCCUUGUCCCAAGCUGCUGUUGAACCACAUGAAACAACAGUUUGUCAUUCCCUGCGAGAAGCUUGCCGAACCGAUUAACUUUAGCAUUUUUAAUCUGUAUUUCGAGGGCGAUGUGAAUAGUGCCAUCAAAUCAUUUGUUCUCAUCGCAUCGCAAUAUGCUACGGAAUUCAUGCAGGAUGGCUACUGGUCGGACUUUGUCAAUCCAUUCACAGGUCGUGCAUAUUUUCGACCCUCUGCCCGACGCAAGCUGCUCAAUGAGGAGUCGGCAUCUGCUGCUGCUGCUUCGCUGGGUCACAAUAUGCGAUUCAAGAAUGUCAAUGGUUGCACUGUCAUCAAGGAGGCAAAGAAAUGCACCUUUGCUGGUGCCAUAUUUAGCGAUGUACCCGUCAGUUUAUUUGAGUAGAUGAUGGUCACUUUCUGGUCUGGCCUAAAUUUCUUUUACAUCUGUUGUGUCUAUGUCCUCCAAACAAGUGCAUACUGUUUGAUAUACAAAAUAAACUUUGCUGGAUGUAUGAUUUUAAUAUAA